AUGGGUCCUCUCUUGCUGAAGCACCUGACUGCCUCCCUGAGUCGACAAGUGGCCCGGAUAAGCCGUUUGAACCCCACCCUCUCCACGUCAGCAGCGAUCCGGGGUGCGCCGUCCCCGCUGGGCCAGAGCCGGCAUCUUCCCUGCAUCCAGCCGUCUGUGGGGAUGAAAACCAAGUCGGCCCUGAAAAAGCGCUGCAAGGACUGUUUCUUUGUUCGGAGGAGGGGGCGCUUGUUUGUGUUCUGCAAGACGAACCCGAGGCACAAGCAGAGGCAGGGCUAA